GAAAGGAAACAACAAACAUGGCGGAAUUUCCUAGCCUGGCCGCUUCAUUUACAGUUCGGCUUAACGUUUGCCUGCGCCGAUACUGGACCUACAUAUGGCUGUCGCUGCUAGUGGCGGGCUUGUUUCUUCUUUACCACUACCGAGCGCCGCUCCGACUGUACGAGGGUGUACUGGCCGUGUCUGGUUUUAUCAGUACAUUGACUCCAAAGUUCUAUGUUGCUCUUACUGGCACAUCGUCUCUGAUAUCCGGAUUAAUACUGAUUUUUGAGUGGUGUUACUUCCGGAAAUAUGGAACAUCUUUCAUCGAGCAAGUAUCUGUAAACCAUUUACGACCGCUGAUGGGAGGAACCGAUCCAGGAGCUUCUGCAGAUGGUUUCUUUCCCAACAUUACCGGCAGCGAAAUCAGCAGACAAACUUUGUCAGAAUGCAAGGUGUGGCGUAACCCUUUAAAUCUUUUCCGAGGAGCUGAGUAUAACAGGUACACAUCGGUAACUGGAAAGGAACCAUUAACGUAUUAUGACAUGAAUUUGUCAGCACAGGAUCAUCAGACUUUCUUUACUUGUGAUACUGACACAUUACGGCCAUCUGAUGCUGUUAUGCAGAAAGCUUGGAGAGAAAGAAGCCCUCAGUCUAGAGUGAAAGCUGCUUAUCAAGCUUUAGAAGCUUCGAAUGACUGUGCUACAGCUUACAUCCUCUUGGCGGAAGAGGAAGCCACAACCAUCUCUGAUACAGAAAGGUUCUUCCAACAGGCACUAAAAGCAGCAGAAGGUGCUUACAAGAAAUCUCAGCAGCAACAUUUGAGCUCUGAACAUGAAGCUCAGCAUAAAAGAGACAUGAAUGUCUUGGUUUAUGCAAAAAGAAGGCUGGCGAUGUGUGCAAGAAGAUUAGGAAGAAUACGAGAAGCUGUUAAAAUAAUGAGAGAUUUAAUGAAAGAGUUUCCUUUGCCCAGCAUUGUAAAUAUCCAUGAAAACCUGCUGGAGGCUCUUCUGGAAUUGCAGGCAUAUGCGGAUGUUCAGGCAGUGCUUUCCAAAUAUGACGAUAUCAGUCUUCCAAAGUCAGCAACAAUAUGUUAUACAGCAGCCUUAUUAAAAGCCAGAGCAGUGUCUGACAGGUUUUCGCCUGAAACAGCUUCCAGAAGAGGACUUAGUACUGCAGAAAUGAAUGCUGUUGAAGCUAUUCAUCGUGCUGUAGAAUUUAACCCUCAUGUACCAAAGUAUUUGCUAGAAAUGAAAAGCUUGAUAAUGCCUCCAGAACAUAUACUGAAACGCGGAGACAGUGAGGCUGUGGCAUAUGCCUUUUUCCAUCUUCAACACUGGAAACGGGUAGAGGGUGCAUUGAAUUUACUGCACUGCACAUGGGAAGGCACUUUUAGGAUUCUCCCGUAUCCUUUAGAAAAGGGACAUCUUUUUUAUCCUUACCCUGGGUGCACAGAAAAUGCUGACAGAGAACUCUUGCCAGCUUUCCAUGAAGUUUCUGUUUACCCACAGAAGGAACUGCCUUUCUUUAUUCACUUCACAGCUGGUCUGUGUUCCUUCACUGCAAUGUUGGCACUUCUUACGCAUCAAUUUCCAGAUCUCAUGGCAGUCUUUGCGAGAACGUGUUUUGUGACGUUACUCGUUCCCUUUAGUUAUAUACUGGGAAAAAUGGAAAACAUCAUACCCUCCAGCUUAUGGCACUAUCUGAGACGCAUGUGAUCUCAUCAGAAGACUACAAGCAACA